AUGGAACGUAAAGGUUGCAGACUGGGAGUAUAAUUCAUUAGCUGUGAAUCAGCAGAGCAAUAGUGCCAGUAAAACACCAGAAGAGAUCGAUGCUGAAAUCCUUGAUGAUGAAAAUGUAUUGGCAGCUUUAGACUAUUGGAUGGCUCCUGAGAUCCUCAAACAGAAAUACUGUCGAAAAAACAGCACAGUUCCUAUUAGAUACACACUGGAGGGGGAUAUCUAUAGUUUUAGUGUCAUCCUUUUAGAGAUUUUCACCAAAGAGGACCCAUAUACUGAACUCACAAGUGGUGAGAUGAAAGAACCAAAAGAGGUAAUACAAAUGAUAAUGGAAAAUACAAUAUGUCCACAAAUCUCACCAGAGGUACCAGAAAGCGUAAAAAAAAUUAUGAAAAAAGCCUCUCAGGUUGUGCCUUCAAAGAGACCAACAUUUCAAAACAUUGUGAAGUUAUUGGAAGCGAGCAACAAAAGAGGAAGAACUAGUGUAGUUGAAUGUAUGAUGGAAACUUUAGAGACCUAUGUAGCCUCAUUAGAAUCCAGGAUCGAAGAGAGGACACAGGAACUCUCUGUGGCAAUGGCCAAUAUGGAAGGCUUACUGCACAGAAUUUUACCACCAAUGGUUGCUAGUGCCCUUUCCAGAGGUGAACCAGUCCCUCCAGAAACAUUCAACUCGGUCUCAGUUUUCUUCUCCGAUAUUGUGGGAUUCACUGAACUUUGUGCUGCCUCUGCUCCUCUUCAGAUUGUUACAAUGUUGAAUGACCUCUACUCCAUAUUUGAUGAUAUCAUAGACAACUAUGAUGUUUACAAAGUUGAAACCAUUGGUGAUGCAUAUUUGGUUGUAUCAGGACUCCCACAAAGAAAUGGAAUCCAACAUGCUAGACAUAUCGCAAAUAUGGCUUUGGAUUUUACAAAAUCAGCAACUAGCUUUAAAAUAAGGCACAUGGAAGAGAAAUCAUUACAGAUGCGUGCUGGUAUACACUCAGGACCAGUUGUUACUGGCGUUGUAGGGCUAAAAAUGCCUCGGUAUUGUAUAUUCGGUGACACUGUGAACACUGCCUCAAGAAUGGAAAGUACGUCACAAGCAGAGCACAUCCAGGUAUCA